AUGGUCAAAUCCGACGCCGACGUCAUCAAGGAGUUCAACGAACUGGUCAACAUGACCGCCUCCGACCUCGAGAAAUGGCUCAAGUCCAACGACUCGACUUCCUCUGGCUGGACCAACGGCAACUCCGGCGAGACGGUCGGCCACAACUCUGGAACCAAGAUUGUCGACAUCCUCAAACGCAACCCGGACAAGAAGAAGGACAAGUACACCGAGGAAGACAUCAAGCACAUGCGUAAAGUGGUCAGCUACAACAAGAGGCAUCUGGCGCAGGAGCAGCACCUCAAGCAGAAGAAGUCCAAAGAGGAGCUGCAAAAGACAAAGAGCUACAAGAGCUUGAAGAGCGGCCAGCCAGACACUUCCUCUCCAGCAUCCAACUUCCGAUCCGACGUCGCCCUGCCCACCGCACUCAACCUCGGCAAAAUCGGCACCUCGGCCACCGCCGCUUCCACCGCAGCUGCCUCGGCGACCAACGCGCGACAAGUCCAUUCGGGAGAAUAUCUUGACUCGUUGGAAGAGGGCGUCAACAAGACCAUCGAUGCCGAAAUCGAGACUUUACUGUCUAGCUACAAGGAGCUUGUCUCGCUUGCCACUAUUGCGGAUAAAGACAAGUACCGCGUGGCUCAAGAAGCAUUCCAAACCGAAGCGAGAGCAGACAUCAUGGUCCGAUCCACACAAACCCUCUCGCUGCUAUCGGAAGCGCUGAAACUCUCGCUCUUGCUGUCCAAGUCGCCCGAUCCCGCGCUCAACGACGAAGCCAUCGACCUUAUCAAGAGCACCGAAACCGAGAAGUUGCGGUGUGCUUUACUGCUCGGCGAGAUCAUGGGGCUGGACAAUGCAACAGCCCAAGACCUGGUCAGGGAGAUGGACCACUCUUACGUCGAGAGCAAGACCGGCCCGGCGCCGUCUUCGAGUACAGACGCGAGACAACAAGGCGCGGCAGCUGUGCGGGGAGACAGCGCCGACGACGACGACAUGGAAGAGCUGGAAGACGACGAGAUGGAAGAUGUCUCUGCGGGUUGA